CCGAGUACUCAACAACAACCAAUGGGCCAAAACUUUCCGGAAAAGAGACAACAGCUAGUGUACCACAAGCGGUGCCAUGGCGUCAAUCGAAUGCCAACCCUUUGGUUCCCACACGAGCAGGCACACGACAGAACUCAGCAGUUGGAACGUAAGGAUGCCACCGAAAGGGUACAGAACAAAGGAAACCAUUGC